GAGGAGCCGCUCACUGUGGGCUGAGCCGACUGAUGUCCGGGCAGGUCAACCAGGCGUGCUGGGUCUAAGGAGAGAGAGGAGAGGAGAGGAGAGGAGAAUAAUCACAGACAGUUGUUUUUAAACGACCUUGUGAUUUUUCCACACUUGUCUCUCUGAGUUGUUGAAAACAGUGAUCCACAAGAUGGGGAACCGGGUCGCCCGUGAGGACUACGAGUGGGUGUACACGGACCAGCCGCAUGCCGACAGGAGGAAAGCGAUCCUGGCCAAAUAUCCAGAAAUCAAGUCGCUGAUGGGACCUGACCCGAGACUGAAAUGGAUUGUGUGCAUGAUGGUGGCGAUACAGUUUUUAGCUUUCUACCUGGUCAAAGACUUGGACUGGAAAUGGGUUUUGUUUUGGACCUAUGCCUUUGGCAGCUGUAUCAACCACUCAAUGACCCUUGCUAUUCAUGAGAUUUCCCACAACACGGCCUUUGGAAACAGCAAGGCCAUGUGGAACCGCUACUUUGCCAUGUUUGCCAACCUGCCCAUCGGCCUGCCCUACUCUGCCUCCUUCAAACGCUACCACCUGGACCAUCAUCGCUACCUGGGUGGAGACGGUGUAGAUGUGGACAUCCCCACUGAGUUUGAAGGCUGGUUCUUCUGCACACGCUUCCGUAAAUUCAUCUGGAUUAUUCUGCAACCGCUGUUUUAUGCCAUCCGCCCACUCUGCAUCAACCCCAAACCCAUCACUCAGCUGGAGCUGACCAACGUGGCCUUCCAGCUCACCUUUGACAUCCUGCUCUACUGGCUGUGGGGGGCUAAGCCUGUGGUCUACAUGCUGGCUGGCUCCAUGCUGGGGAUGGGUCUGCACCCCAUCUCUGGUCACUUCAUAGCUGAGCACUACAUGUUCCUCAAGGGUCAUGAGACCUACUCUUACUAUGGCUCCCUCAACCUUCUCACCUUCAACGUGGGCUACCACAAUGAGCACCACGACUUUCCCAGCAUCCCAGGACGCAGGCUGCCCAUGGUGAAGAAAAUAGCAGCAGAGUAUUACGAUGACCUGCCUCAGUACACGUCGUGGGUGAAGGUUCUGUACGACUUCAUCAUGGACGACGCAUUGAGCCCGUACUCUCGAGUCAAGAGGAAGCUGAAGGGAGACGUCAAACAGGAGUAACUUCACUGAAAGCUUCACUGGAUCAGAGCUGCAGCGUCACCGUGACAGCAGCUGCCUCACCGCCCUAUAAACUUAACAGCUUCUGCAGAUUAAUACAUUCAACAUGUGAAACCUGGGUGGAGAUUGUGUACAGGAGUCUUGACGUGUGCUUGUCCUUCACAGGAGGAGGAAAUAUUUUCACAGACUGUUGUUAUCCAGUUCAGAAAAGCCAAGACAAGUGGUGUGAGAUUAAAAAGUUUGUUUGUAUCUGGGACUGGCUGCACAAAGACCUAGUUCAACUUAAUAUAGACGUCUAAUUUGCCAUGUAUUCUAAAUGAAAUAAGACUGUUGCCCAUGACAUUUGUUGUUCCCCACAGGAUGAAUUGUAAUUGGCUCUGGUGAUCUCUCCAGUUCUUAGGUUUAAAACUAACCCCACAUGUCCACUGAAGGCAGCUGUGUUUUAUUUACAGAUGAUCCGCUGCCAUUCUAGCUGCUGUGCUAAUGUUCACUGGACAUGUGAGAGCUCUUCACAUGCUGGGUCUAUCUUCAACGUCUCUGUGUACUGUUAGCAUUUAGCUCAGAGCCCCAGGGUUCUCUCUCUCCAGCUCUCUGAAAGGACUUUGGUCAUGAACAGACAAACCUCCAAAAAGUUUUCCCAGGUGUUACUGGAUCCUAAAACCUCUUGUUGGUGUCUUUACUCACUGCCUAACAGCAGGAAACCACUUGUCAGCAGUUGCAUUGGACCAGUAAGAACAACACAGCAUCAUAGACCAGUCUGAGAAGUCUUUGUGCAUCCAGCCCCAGAAACGAUCAUAAGGAAGCUACACAGCCAACUAACAAUAAACCCACACAGGUUUAGUACCAUUUACUCCUGUCUGGUGACUGAGUGCAAACCGUGUGAAAGGUGUUCUACGGUUCGUGCUCUGCCACAGAUUAACCCAGGCAACUACCUUCCUCCCAUCUUGGACUUGCUAUUGGUCGACAGCACACUGUGAGUGUGAGUGUGAGCGUGAGUGUGAGCGUGAGUGUGAGCGUGAG